GAUUACAGAUUUCUAUAACCCAAAAGCAACCGGCGAUCCAGUACAACAUAUCUAUAUCGAGAGUUAGGAUGUCAGCGGAAGCGGCGGCGCCAAAAACCGGAAACGCAACCGGUGAUCCAUUAGUUGGUCGAGACUCAGCAACCUUUCUUCCCACAGUUUGGGGCGAUCACUUCCUCCACAAUAAUGUGGACGACUCCCCUCAGGUUGGUUAAUUACGUUACUGGAGCUUCUUUAUUUCGCUUUUUUAUUUUUUUAUCAUUGCCUUGAGUUAAUUAGCCUUUUUCGCAACCAAGAAAAUGGAGACCAGAAACACAAAAUUGGGUCACUAAUACCUCGUGGUGUUGGACGACACAUAUCCCGUUGCGGAACUCCUAGCGUGACCAGAACGAGAACUGGUUGCGAAAAAGAAAAAGAGUGGAAUAUAAUCAUGUCGUUCUUAAAUAUUAAUUAAUGUCCCGUAUAAGUAUAUAUUAACAACUCGAUCCGGUCGUGAUUUAUCUUUAGGGUGGGCUCCUUUCGGUCGUUAUGCAUGAAAGCGAGUAUGAAGUUUUGAAGGAAGAGGUGAAGAGGAUGGUGACAACCGAUGAUGAUGGUGGUGAUGAUACUCCCCAAGCAAUUGCCAACAAGUUGCGGGUGAUAGAUGUAGUUCAGCGACUAGGUGUUGGGUAUCACUUUGAAACGGAGAUUGAAGGAGAACUUGCAAAGGUGCAUGCUCUUGGAGGCGAACUAUUCGCUAUUCGUGAUGACAAUAACACGACCCCCAAUGUUGAUCUAUAUCAUGCUGCUCUUUGGUUUCGAAUCCUCAGACAACAAGGCUUUCAAGUUUCCCCUGAUGUAUUUAGAAAGUUGAAGGACACCAGAGGAAGGUUCAAGGAAUGGUUGGCUUCGGAUGUGCAAGUGCUUCUGAGCUUGUACGAGGCAGCACAUGUGGCGGUCCAUGGAGAAGACAUAUUGGAUGAAGCCCUGGACUUUGCCACCAAGACUCUCAAGUCCAUUCUCCCUGAACUCAGCCCUUCGUUCCAGAAACAAGUAAACUUUUCCCUCGGCCUCCCCGCAUGGAAAUGUGUCCCCAGGACACUUACUAGGAACUUCAUCGACUUCUAUUUUGAGGAUCCAUCUCAUAACAAUAAACUCCUUCAAUUCGCAAAGUUGGACUUCAACAUGCUUCAAAAAUUCCACCAGCAAGAGCUCCGCGAAAUAUCAGAGUGGUGGAAAGGUCUUAAAGUGAGUACCAAAUUCUCGCAUGCAAGAAACAGGAUUGUGGAGUGUUAUUAUUGGAUUUGUGCUAUUUACUUCGAGCCUAAGUAUCGCUUAGCAAGAAUGAUACUCACCAAGAUCAUAUCAACGGUGUCAGUCAUAGACGACACUUAUGAUAACUUUGCUUCGUAUGAGGAGGUGGAGGCCCUCACAGAAGCUAUUGAAAGGAUGGAUGUUGGGGCUCUUGAAACAUUACCCGACACAAUGAAGGACCUAUAUCAUGCCAUCAUUAAGUUGUAUGACGAUAUCGAGAUUGAACUUGGAAAGAGGGGGCCUACGUUUGCUGUUGAUUAUGCUAAAGGAGAAUUGAAGAAAAUAUGUCGAGCCUACUUAGCUGAGGUCCAUUGGCGCGCAAAAGGCUAUAUUCCAACGCUGGAGGAGUACAAGCUCGAAGCAUAUGUCAGUGGCGGUUUACCCCUUCUCUGCACAUCUACUUUCAUUGGCAUGGAACCUGAAAUAGCUACGAGGGAGGCUUUUGAAUGGGUAACCAAUGAACCUAAGAUGGUAAGAGCCGUCGCUCUUAUUGGUAGGUUCCAAAACGACAUUGUUUCUCAUGAGUUCGAACGAGAAAGGAAGCAUGCAGCUUCGGCAAUCGAAUGCUACAUGAAGGAGCACUCGACAUCAAAGGAGGAAGCUAUUGAAUUUUUAUGGAAUGAGAUUUCUAAAGGUUGGAAAGAUAUAGCUGAAGAGUGUCAGAAACCAACUCCACUUCCAGUAGUCCUCACAGACCGCGUGCUCAACUUUGCACGUUCCAUUAGUGUGAUAUAUGAGAAGGGUGAUGGCUACACGGAUUCUAAUCUUUUGAAGGCCCACAUUGCUGCACUGUUCGCUGUUCCAGUACCUCUUUAAAGAAUAUUAAUAUCAACAAUAUUUCUUGUUGGUGGUGUUCAUUUGCUUAAUGUCAUGGUUUGUUCUUCUUUUUUCAUCAUUUUUUCUUCUCGUUUGAUUGUUGGUGAUCAAUAAACAUUCAAUUAUUAAGGACUUUCAUCUCUUCUAUUUACCCUAAUUUUUUACGUAUAAGUAAUCCUCUUGAAAAUGGUGAGGCAAACCUCAAUGAGAAUGUUGAGUUCCAAAGGGAGGUGUACUGUUAUAGUUUAGGCAAAAUCUCACAUCCGAAAAGUACGAGAGAGAUCCAUGGUUUAUAGAGAAAGCCAAUCUUAACUAACAAGAAACGUUUGUGAAAUGGAUGAGUUCUUAUAAGAAUUCUGAAAUUAAAGUACUCAAUGUGG